ACCAGCCCCACAUGGUGGAUUUUUCUUGAAUCUCGUGCUGUCAGUUGUCACUCCCACUUCUGACACCACCUCUGACAUUUAAUCGCGUUACUAAUUUCGAUCAAUUGUCACGGAAGGAAGUAAUAAAAGAAGUAAGGAACCGUGAAGCAAUCAACCGAUCAACCAUGCUUGUAUUAGUUUUGGGAGACUUACACAUUCCGCACAGAUGCAGCAGCCUGCCUAGUAAGUUUAAAAAACUUUUAGUACCAGGCAGAAUACAACACAUAUUAUGUACCGGAAACCUUUGCACCAAGGAAUCCUACGAUUAUCUCAAAACUUUGGCAAGCGAUGUUCACGUGGUUAGAGGAGAUUUUGAUGAGAACCUUAAUUAUCCAGAACAAAAAGUUGUUACUGUUGGACAAUUUAGAAUCGGCCUCUCUCAUGGGCAUCAAGUUGUGCCAUGGGGAGAUCCGGAAUCGUUAGCUCUUAUUCAGAGACAAUUAGAUGUUGAUAUACUGAUAUCAGGCCACACACACAAAUUUGAAGCUUAUGAGCAUGAAAAUAAGUUUUAUAUCAAUCCUGGAUCUGCGACUGGGGCAUACAAUCCUUUGGACACGUCAGUUAUCCCAUCGUUUGUGCUCAUGGAUAUUCAAAGCUCGACUGUGGUGACAUACGUUUAUCAGCUUGUUGGAGACGAAGUCAAAGUGGAGAGGAUUGAAUAUAAGAAAAGUUAAAAUUUCUACACAAUGCAUAUAUUUACGAACAAUAACUAAAUACUGAUUCUUUAAAAAGAUUUAAAAAUCAUGGAUAUGCUGGAGACUAGCAAGCAUAAGAUAAGAAAUUGUAUAUUUAAUUCAAAUUGGUUAUACGCUAAAACCGUGCCUGAAUGGUGAAAUCUGGAUAAUUCUGAAUAAAUUUAACGGUAUGUGUAUCACGUAUAUAAGUAUAAUUUUGAUGCAUUCAUUUGUAAUUAAAAUCGCGCUGAGUUUUACACAAAUAGCUGCUUUUGGCAGAAUGCCAUGUAUAAAAUAAUUUACGAUAUCUUCAUAUUAUCAUUUUCUUGAUAACGAUCACUACAGUUCGUUUUGUGUUAUAUUAUGUUAUAUGUACAAUAUUGUUUUCAAUAUUUGUCAACUUUGUAAAAUGAAUAUAGACUAUUUCAAUACAUCUUGAUAUUUGUUUAUUCAGUACAA